AUGGCGGCGGGGGCGGGAUGGCAGCCGCCGUUCAGCGGCUCCGUUGCGGGAAAACACAGUCCGCCGUCCGGAUGCUUCUACGGCGGCGGGACGCUGGAGUACACCCAGGAGCUGCACCUGAAGAUGAGCAAGAAGAUCGCUCAGCUGACCAAGGUGAUUUACGCCCUCAACACCAAGAACGACGAGCACGAAGAAGAAAUCGAGUCCCUGAAAGAAGCCCACGAGGACGAGGUCCAGCACAUCGUGACGGAAACCAGAGACAAGAUCAUGCAGUACAAGAGCAAAAUGGCGGACGAGGCGGACCUGAGGCGGCGGCUGGCCAGUCUGGAGGAAUCUGUCGAGCUCCACGAGCACAUGAAGAGACAGGCUUUGGCGGAGUUCGAGAUGUACCGACAGAGGAUGGAGGAUUCGCAGCUCUGCACCGAGGCCCAGCACACGCAGAGAGUGGUUUCAAUGAGCAGAGAGGUGGAGGAGAUGCGUCGGGAUUUUGAGGAGAAGCUGCGGUCGUUCAGCCAGGCUCAAGCCCAGUUUGAGGCCGAUAAGCGGCGAGCGCUGGAGGAGCUGAGGGCCGCCCACCGCCAGGAGGUGGAGGAACUGCUCAACAACCAGCAGAACCAAAGCGCCUCCUCCACGGAAGACCAGGAGAAGCUGGCCGAGCUUCAUAGACAAGAGGUGGAGGCGCUGAUGGAGCGGGUGGAGGAGCUGAGCAAAGACAAGGUCCGCCUGGUGGAGGAGUACGAGGCCAAGCUGGGCAAGGCUCAGGAGUAUUACGAGAGAGAGCUGGAGGCCAUGAGGAGGACUCACCAGCUCACCACCGAGAACCUGCUGGCCUGGAAGAGGACCGAGGUGGAGCUCCGUAAAGAGUUCCAGGCUCAGGAGGCAGCGCUGCAGCGUUCGCUGUCCAAGCUGAGGAGCGAGCUGCAGAAAGCUCAGGAGGAGGCCAGAGAGAAUCGAGACAAGACCAACCGGCUGCAGACGUCGCUGGCCAACGCCGAGGGGACCAUCAAGAACCUGCACAAGCAGCUGGAGGAGGCCAUCCAGGACGGGGAGAUCUGGGUGAUGCAGCUGAAGGACACCGAGUACGAGCUGGAGGGCAGCAGGGAGCGAGUGCAGCAGCAGGCCACGGAGAUCCUCCACAAAGCCAGUAAGAGCAGCUUCUGCCUGUUCCUCCAGCACCAGAAAAUGAGUCAGGAGUUUGAGAUCAAGCGUCUGUCGCUGGAGGAGCAGCGGGAUCGACUCCAGCAGCAGCUGGACAACCUGAAGGAGGAGCUUUCGGCCAAACUCAACAUGGCCAAUCAGGAGGUGUCCCACCUCCAGGAGCUGGUCAGAGAAGGAGAACAGAACAUGGGCUCGGCUCAGACUCAGAUCAGCUGCCUGAAGGAGACGCAGGAGAAACUCAAGAUCGAGCUCGACGCCACCAGAGCCCGAGUCCGAGAGACCAGCAACCUGCUGACCGACCUCCAGGAAGAGAUCGAGACCCAGAAGCAGCAGCACGAAGCUCGAGUGAUGUCCAUCAGAACCGAGGAGAAGCAGAAGAUGGACAAGAUGGCCGACGACCUGGACCAGAAGUGGAGGGAUGCGCUCCGGGAGGAAGUGCGUCUGUUGAAGGAGGAGCUGAACGAAGAGUACGAAGUGGACAAACAGGCGUCGCUGACUCAGCUGUCGCAGCAGAAAGAGCUGGAGAUGAUGGCGGCCAGAGAGGGCUGGCAGAGGAAGGUGGAAGACCUGCUGGAACAGAUCUCUCUGCUGAAGCAGUCCCUGGAGCUGCAGCUGUCUCAGUCCCAGUCGGCGCUGCAGCAGCUGCAGUCCCAGUUCAACCAGGAGAGGGAGCUGCUGAGCCAGCAGCUCAAAGAGAUGCAGCGGGAACAUCAGAGGAGGGAGCAUCGGCUGCAGGAGGCCCACUGCUGCGCCCUCAGCACCAUGGAGGAGGCCCGGCAGCACCAGAUCAGGGCGCUGGAGGAGCGUCUGAAGCAGGAGCAGAGGGAGGAGGUCCACGCCCUGAAGGAGGCCCACCGGAGGACCCUGGACAUCCUCCGGCAGCAGUCGGACCAGGAGCUGCAGACGCUGCGCUUCGAGCUGGAGGACGAAGGCAAAGCAAAGCUCGCUUCUCUGCGUGCGGAGCUGAACCACCUCCACGCCACAGCCAUAGAGCACCUGAAGCAGAUCCACCUGAAGGACCACACCUCCGUCAAGCGGGACCUGGAGAACGCCAUGGAGCACAGCCACCAGCAGGAACAAGAGCUCCUGGUUCGCAUCUCGGACCUCCAGAGCGAGGUGUGUUCCCGUAGCAACCGCAUCACCGACCUGGACCACGAGAUCCACUCGCUGAACGAGACCAUCGACACUCUGACCAGGGAGCUGGAGCUGAAGGGCAAAGAGGUGCUGAGGGUUCGGAGCGAGGCCAACCAUCAGAUCAGAGCCCACGAACAAGACCUCACGAAGAGACACGAGAGGGACCUGGGGGAGCUGAGCGCCGUCCACCACCGGGAGACGCAGAUCAUGCUGGCCGACUUCAACAAGGCCCAGGAGGUCCUGAAGGACAAGAUCUCCGCCCUGCAGAUCCUGCUGGAGGGGACGGAGGAGAAGCUGAGGAACCGGGAGAGCCGACCGGAAGAUCUGCAUCUGAUCGCCGAGCUCCGGGAGAUGGUGACCGAGAGGGAGGCUCUGGUCAAGAAGCUGGUGGACGACAAGAAGUUCUACCAGCUGGAGUUGGUCAACAGAGAGACGGGCUUCAACAAGGUCUUCAACUCCAGCGCCAACGUGGGCGUCAUCAACCCUCUGAUCAAGCCUUCCUGAAGCCGACGCCGCGCCGCCGGCGGACCCUCGUG